CGAACGACAUUUCAGGCUCGGAAACCACCCUGAGAUACAGUACAAUACGUUCAGCAGAAACCAAAAGGCUUCCCGUGCUGCCAUCGGCUCCUACGAUUGUAACAUAUAACAGUCGGCAUUCCCAUUGACCGCCACUGUUAAGGAGAAACGGACCUGUUUCACACGCUCUGAUUUGCACACACAUUCGCGUACGCACGCAUAACGUCCCUACAUAUAUCAGAAAUGGCGCCGUUCAUAAUACAUCCACGGGCACCCAUCGGAGAUGAUUUUGCUAGCCGGUUAGAACCAUCGCCUGAACAGAAACGCACCAUCAUCUUCAUCGCCGUCUAUGCGGCCGUCAUCACAGUGUUAUGGAACGUGCCCGUUCUUAAACAGAUUCUAUGGCCGUUCAAGAUCGUAACAGUGGCCCUCCACGAAUUCAGCCACGCCCUCGCCGCCCUCCUCACCGGUGGCCACAUCGUCUCCAUCACCCUCGACCCCGACGAAGGCGGUCUCACCCGUUACCGCGGCGGUUCCCCCUACAUCGCCCUCCCAGCCGGCUACAUCGGCUCAGCAUUCUGGGGCGCCCUGAUGAUUUUCGCCGGGUUUGAUGUCUUGGCGUCUAAGAUCGUGUCGGUGAUGCUGGCCGUCGCGAUGCUGGCGACGCUGUGGUGGGCGCGGAAUUGGCUCGCGAGGGGUGUGACGGUGUUGUUUAUUGGGCUGGUCGCGUUGUUGUGGUGGUUAGAUUCGGGAUAUUAUCUGAGAUAUUUUGUGCUUUUUGUCGGCGUAAUGUCCUGCCUCUACUCCCUCUGGGACAUCAUUGAAGACCUCGUCACGCGCAAAGUCAACCAAUCCGACGCAUCGCAAUUCGCCGAGCUGUGUUGCGGCGGACACUGCCUGCCCGCGCAGGCGUGGGGUGCCGUGUGGUUUGUGAUUUCUCUUGCGUUCCUUGUGGGGGCCGUUAUUGCGGCGCUGUUGGUGUUUAAGGAGGAGAAUACGGGCGUUUAAGGUGGACUCGGAGAGCCCACGAUUUUUUGCACACAACAAUCAUCCCACGGCGUAAUGUGUACAUAUGUAUAUAGAUAGAGGGGACUAACAUUGCCCUCGAAAGACUUGCAAUUGAUGGAAAACACUGCAUCACAUCUCUGGCUUACGUUGUUCCGUUAACUCAAGAAUAUAAUCUCGUCACUUAAGUUGAAGAGACACGUGACCGGCAACAGUGCACGUGACCCAAAAGUGAUUUCUCUUCGAGGACCGACUUUCCCAAGGUCAAAAACCUCGAC